GUGGCUUGAAAUGGAAGGAAACGGAUAGGAGGGGAAAUGACAAAAUUAAGUGAAACCAGUUACAGCCUCUCACUACUCAUUUCAAAGCAGAAACAGAGAAAUUGCAAUGGAGAGCGCUCUUCUUUCUGCUUCCCGCUUCACUACUACUCUACACACAGAGAGAGAAGUAGUAGGUGGGCCAGUGGCUGUGAGGAAAUUACAGAGCUCAUUCUAUGGAAAAGAGAUUAAUAAUAGUCAUGCUCUUUUCACCAGAAACUUCAAAAGAAUUCAUCUCACUGUCACCUCAGUGAUGCGGAGGAAACUAACUAAGAAGGAGACUGUUGUUCCUGACCCUGAUUACCGAAUUCCAAUUGUCCUUCUAGGGUUAUCCGGUGGUUUAUUUUAUGCGGAAAAUCUACCAGCAGCGGUUCCUAUUGGUCUUCUUGGGUUACUCCUGUUAUUCCAGACAACAAGAGUGAGAUUUGUCUUUGAUGAUGAAGCUCUGGAGGUGAAAGUUGGGGAGCAACUCGAGGAGUCAGGUGAAAAUGUUUUUGUGGGUGGAAAGAACCGCUGGAAAUAUUCGACAUUUGUGAACUGGGAGCUAUGGUGGCCAAAUUUUCCGAUUUUGGUUUAUUUUAAAGAGAAACAGACAAAACCAGAGGGACAAAUCCACUUUUUUCCAGUAAUUUUUAAUGGGAAGCAACUGUACGAUGCUAUGGUGGAGAGAUGUGGUCCUUCAAAAACGAGCGGACCAAAGUAGUGCAGCAUGAGCUCCAGGCCGAAGGCAAAGAU